AUGGCUCUGACAAUUCCCAGCCCAGAGAAGCUCAAGGAAAAGUGUCGUACGGCGCUGGAAGCUCUCGGUUACGAAGACAAGACGGUCGAUCCAGCAUACGAUGUUGGUAACCUCGUUGUUGCCCCGUCCAUCCCUGCCAGCGAGUCUCCGACAUACUACUUUGUCGUUGGUUCUGGAGUCUACGUGUCGAAGGACUGCGGAGACCGUUGCAACAUGCACGCCGUGAUCGAUGUUGGCUACAGCUGUCCAUGUUUCAACGCAGACAACUGGGUCUAUAUCACGGAGGACUCCGGACUUGGACAUUUGUUGGAGUGGUUCGUGGGUGCCACUCUAGGUAUUGCGAAGGGCAGCGUUGAAUUCCCGGUCACCAUUCACGACCUGCGUCUCGGUUUCGUGAGGGCAUGCUGGUGCUACAGACUUGUCAACAAAGAUGGUCCCGAAGUUGAGGAGAAGGAGUUGAAGUCAAUCGUCAGCAGAGUCGUUAGGCGGGUCAAGAUCGGAGGUGUAGAGUGA